AUGUCAAAAAAGUGUGCAGUAAUCUUUGGUGCCAAUGGUAUUAGUGGUAUCGCCAUGACGAAGGUUCUACUAGCCAGUAACGAAUGGGGUCCAAUCAUCUGCGUUUCCCGCAGACCACCGCAGCUAGAGGAAGCCGCCAACGACAGCAGAAUUCACUUUGUGUCCAUUGACAUGGUACAAUCUUCUGCGGACGAUUUGGCAAGCAAGCUUUCUGCAGCCGGAGCAGCCGUUGCUCAGCACGCCUUUUUCUAUGCAUACGUUGAGAAACAAGACUUCAAUGAAUUGAACGAUAUCAACAACAUGCUGUUGGAAAAAGCAUUACAUGCAUUGGGUCUUGUUUCGCCAAAACUCAAGUCUUUCAUGCUACAGACGGGAUCCAAGUAUUAUGGCUGCCAUUUAGGUGGAGCCGAAAUGGUCCAAGACUAUCCUUGGAAAGAAGAUGCUCCUAGACUUUGUAAGAGAUACUUCCAUUACGACCAAGAAGAUUUUCUGCAGACUUAUGCCACAAACAAAAAUUGGAGGUACCUCAUUACUCGACCCAAUGUCAUCUUGGGAGUAUCCAAAGGCAACUACAUGAAUUUUGCGGUCUCCAUUGCUUUGUAUGCAAGCUUGCAAAAGAAUCUUAAAAGGGAUUUCAUCUGGCCUGGUAACGAAAUCGAGUACACCACUCACUUUGACCAUUCUACCGCCGACAACAACAGUAGAUUCCAACUCUACAUAAGCGUGAACGAUAAAGUUCCCAGUGGUGCUUACAAUAUCAAAGACAAUGACAAAACAACAUUUUCUGAGCUUUGGCCAAAGAUUGCAGAAUAUUUUGGACUUAGCAUCCCUGACCCUCACUUCAAGGAUGAGAAAGCGAAGCAUCCCAAAGAACAGUCCACGUACUGUCAAAUGCCGUUAACGAAAUACGCUUUUGAAAAUAAGGAACAAUGGCACGAAAUUGCUAAGAAGCAUAACUUGGAUCCAUCUGCUUAUGAUUACGCAACAUGGGAGUUUGUUGAUGGUGUCACUGGCCGAACUUGGCCAGAUUACCUUUCCAUGGAAAAGGCCAGGCAAUAUGGCUGGAAAGAAGAACUAGACACAAUACAGAGCUACUAUGAAGUAUUUGAUGAACUGAAGAAGAUGAAGAUCAUUCCAGAGUAGCUAUCC